CGACCGGCCCUCCCAGCCCGUGUGGAGGAAGCUCCAGAGCGGCGGCUGGUGCUGCGCCGAGCCGGCGCCCCUGCCGCCCCGCGCCCCGGGACGCCGCCCGGCCCGGCCCCGCGCACGCAGCGAGCGGGGCAGGUGAGCUGCGCCCGCGCCAUGGCAGCCUCAGGGGCGGUUGGAAGUUGUGACAUCCUCAUCGUCUACGGCCCAGAUGCCGAGGAAUGGUGCCAGUACCUCCAGGACCUCUUUCUGUCCAGUCGGCAGGUCCGUAGCCAGAAGACGCUGACUUACAGGCUGAGCCCCGAGGCCUCCUUCUCGGCCAAGGACCUGAACUUCUUCCUCAGCUCACGCUGCAUCGUGGUGCUGCUGUCCGCGGAGCUGGUGCAGUGCUUCUGCCAGCCGGCCCUGCUGCCCCUGCUGCAGAGAGCCCUCCAUCCCCCCCACCGUGUGGUGCGCCUGCUCUGUGGAGUGCAGGACAGCGAGGAGUUCCUGGACUACUUUCCAGACUGGGCGCACUGGCAGGAGCUCACCUGCGAGGACGAGCCCGAGACCUACGUGGCGGCCGUGAAGAAGGCCAUUUCGGAAGAUUCUGGCUGUGACUCAGUCACUGACACAGAGGCUGAAGACGAAAAGGGGCCUUCCUACUUGAAGCAGCAGAGCCUACCGCCGCAGACUUCACCUGGGAACCUGAUGGUGGUGCAGCCGGACCGCAUUCGCUGUGGGGCGGAAACCACUGUCUACGUCAUCAUGAGAUGUAAGCUGGAUGAGAGGGUGACCACAGAAGCGGAAUUUUCUCCUGAGGAUUCUCCCUCAUUAAGGGUGGAAGCCAAGCUGGAGAAUGAGUACACCAUUUCCGUGAAGGCCCCCAACCUUUCAUCUGGGAAUGUUUCUCUAAAGAUCUAUUCCGGGGAGUUAGUGGUGUGUGAAACUGUUAUCAGCUACUAUACUGACAUGGAAGAAAUUGGGAAUUUAUUGUCCAAUGCUGCAAAUCCUGUGGAGUUCAUGUGUCAGGCCUUUAAAAUUGUGCCCUACAACACAGAGACCCUUGAUAAACUGCUAACUGAGUCCCUGAAGAACAAUAUCCCUGCGAGUGGACUGCACCUCUUUGGAAUUAACCAACUGGAAGAAGAAGAUAUGAUGACAAAUCAGAGGGACGAGGAGCUGCCCACCUUGUUGCAUUUUGCUGCGAAGUAUGGACUGAAGAACCUCACUGCCUUGUUGCUCACCUGCCCAGGAGCCCUACAGGCAUACAGUGUGGCAAACAAGCAUGGCCACUACCCCAACACCAUUGCUGAGAAACAUGGCUUCAGAGACCUGCGGCAGUUCAUCGAUGAGUAUGUGGAAACUGUGGACAUGCUGAAGAGUCACAUUAAAGAGGAACUGAUGCAAGGGGAGGAGGCUGACGCCGUGUAUGAGUCCAUGGCCCACCUGUCCACAGACCUGCUCAUGAAGUGCUCCCUCAACCCCGGCUGUGAUGAGGAGCUCUAUGAGUCCAUGGCUGCCUUUGUCCCAGCUGCCACCGAAGACCUCUAUGUUGAAAUGCUUCAGGCCAGUACAUCUAAUCCAAUCCCUGGAGAUGGUUUCCCUCGGGCUACUAAGGACUCUAUGAUCCGCAAGUUUUUAGAAGGUAACAGCCUGGGGAUGGGCAGUCCGGAGAGGGACCUGCACCCCGGUGGCCAGGCAGAAGAUGUUUAUCACACAGUGGAUAACGAUGAGGCCUUUUCCGUGGACCUGGCCAACAGGCCCCCCGUCCCAGUGCCCAGGCCGGAGGCCAGUGCUCCUGGCACUCACUACCUGCCUGACAAUGAACCGUACAUUUCUAAAGUUUUUGCAGAAAAAAGUCAAGAGCGGCCUGGGAAUUUCUACAUUUCCUCAGAGAGCAUCAGGAAAGAGCCUCUCGUCAGACCGUGGAGGGACAGGCCCCAGUCAAGCAUAUAUGACCCUUUUGCUGGGAUGAAGACACCAGGCCAGCGGCAGCUGAUUACCCUCCAGGAGCAGGUGAAGCUGGGCAUCGUCAAUGUGGAUGAGGCUGUGCUCCACUUCAAAGAGUGGCAGCUCAACCAGAAGAAGCGGUCCGAGUCCUUCCGCUUCCAGCAGGAAAAUCUUAAACGGCUAAGAGAUAGCAUCACCCGAAGACAGAGAGAGAAGCAAAAAUCAGGAAAGCAGGCAGACUUGGAGAUCACGGUCCCAAUUCGGCACUCACAGCACCUGCCAGGGAAAGUGGAGUUUGGAGUCUAUGAGAGUGGCCCUAGGAAAAGCGUCUUCCCCCCAAGGACAGAGCUACGGCGAGGAGACUGGAAAACAGAUAGUACCUCCAGCACCGCAAGCAGCGCGAGUAACCGAUCCAGCACUCGGAGCCUCCUCAGUGUGAGCAGCGGGAUGGAGGGGGACAAUGAGGAUAAUGAAGUCCCCGAGGUUACCAGAAGCCGCAGCCCAUGCCCCCCACAAGUGGACGGAACACCCACUGUGCCCCUUGAGAGGCCCCCCAGGGUACCUCCAAGAGCUGCCUCACAGAGGCCUGCAACCAGGGAGACCUUCCAUUCUCCUCCACCUAUUCCACCCAGAGGUCGCUGAUUCCACCUCCUAAAACCUGCCUACUUCGGGACUUUGAGACCUGCAGUUUCAGCCUGUUAAUGAUGUCUUCGUGUUGAGUAUGAUGGCAUGAGUAUUGACCUUAAGACCUACUCUCAUGGCUGAUAUUGUUGUGGCCCUGCUGGUUUGGGCUUUCCUUGAAGAAGAUAUUAUUAAGGCAUGAAGAAGUGAAAAACUGAGGACUUCAUUCACCAUCACCAAGUAUAUUGAUCCACAUCCUUCUUUGCCAAAAGGAUAAAGACUUAAUGGGAAUACUUACCUCUAAUUUGGCAUGUCAGAAGCCUGAAAAGAUUGAUCAGAAAUGUACUUUAUGAGUGAUUUUACUGAAAUGCACUUAUAUUAGGCCUUACUUAUUUGCUAGUCCAGCAUAACUUCUAGAAGUGGUUAUGAUUUAAGACUUACAGUUUUCAAGUAAGAAGAUAUGUCCUGACUUUUAAAUAGUUCUUCAACUUUUCUGUAGAUUCAGGAGGGUGUCUAAAUGUUGGAGCUGGUCACACAAAACAAACCGAAAAUGACUUUAGAGAGGGAUUAGUCCUAAUUCCUUGUAUGUGGAAUACAAAUCUGAGGUUCCACAGAAGUCCGGAACCAUCUCUAGAUAGCCAGUCACUCUCCCUCAAGAAAUGCCCUCAUGUAGAAAUUCAGUCACUGACUGUUGACCUUCCAGAAAUAUCUUUCCUCCAUAUCUCCCGGGCAUGGGACUAUCAAGUUUUUUUUUUUUUUUUUCAAUUUGGCCACUUAUACUUCACUAUGCUUUCAAAACAGCGAUAUUACCAAGGAACAUCUAUAAAUGGUUGGGAACUGGAAGCUUGAGAUGCCAGCGACCCCAUUUAUUGUUCUGCAGUCUUUAUAGAUCUUAUAAGUUCAGGCCAUAAGGAGAGAGAAGGAUCCUUGACUUUUUCUCUGCCGAGAGGUUAGAAGAGAAAGGAAGAAUGUAAAAUUGAAACAGUUAUCUAUUUUCUUAUAAAUGUAUUAUUACCACUAGGCUUAGGAAAUCUGUGCGGAGAAUAGAGAGCCAUUAGUAUAUCAUGAUUGUCAUAUGUCAUUAAUAUGUGAUUAAUUUUGAGUCACUGGCACAGAAAUCUACCUUCAAAGCACAGAUCCUUAAUUUGAUACUUACACAGUAAAAUUAGUAUCAGACACAUUUCUUUAAAAAAAUAUCAGAAAUCUGGUGAUUUUUCAUGAAAUAUAUUCUUUGUCCCACACAGACAUAUAUAAGCCACACUAUUAAUGAUCUAUUUAAUUACAGUUUUAUUGUGUCCUUUUCUAAUGAUUCGAGGUUCUUUUUCAAUUUCAUUCAUCAGUCCAGCAAACGAGGACUCUUGUUGGAGUUAAUAGCUUCUGGGUCGUGGGUCUUUUUUCUGACAUAAAAUACACUAUUGGCCGUGGCCAUUAAGACAGUCUUUGUGCAAAUCACUUAUCACAGUGCCUGGCACAUAGCAGCCAUUCUGCAGUGGUCCCUUUACUCUCCUUGUCACUCAUUUGGGAGAAAGAGGGUAAUGUGGGAUAAAAGGAGAACAAGAAAUUAUAAUUUUGGUAUUGUUGUCUUUUCUCUUAUUUAUAGGUGGUCUCUUAAGCACACUUGGCUUUGAUAAAAGCUACACUUUUUUAUAUUCAAUAUCUCUAAGCUCCCUCUUGGAUUGCCAAAUUUAGAUUUUUAUAAUUCUCUAAUAAGCAUUUAGAUCAAUAACAUGGCAAAACUUACCGCCAGCUAAUGGUGUUAGCAUCUUUGUGUGCACAUCACUGUUUGUGCAAUAUUGGAAUAUUUUAUUACAUUUUAUUCUUCUGUGAAAGUAAAUGGAAAACAUAAAAUUGAAAGUGCUGAUUAGAAA